CCAACCAGAAGGUCUCCUCCCAUUCCAAAUAACUUGCCAGAGCGAUGGCAUCAAAUUUGGGAGCCCUUUUGGUCUCUUCAUUGCUAGGUCUUCUUGUCGUGGUGGUUGCUCACCAGGGUCGCCAUGAUGACCGCCACCAUAGCAACAAGGUGGCUACUCACCAUUAUGAUAACCACCAUACCUCCAAGAAAAUGAGUUACUUUGACAAGACAAAAGUUUAUCAAGUACAUAGAUCCAAGACCUUGCAUGCACCUAAAGAUAAACAAAGUCAUGAGAAAAAGGGACCCAAACAGCCCAGCCAACCCAACAAACCCAACCAACCCAACCAACCCAGCCAACCCAACCAGCCUGCCCAGCCCAGCCACCAAAACGAGGCCUGCACUGGCCCUUGGAAGGAAGCUCAUGCCACAUUCUAUGAUGGACAUGAUAUUUAUUCAGGGGGAGCUUGUGGUUAUGGUGACCUAAGACAACAAGGCUAUGGCAUGAAUACAGCAGCCUUGAGCACGGCUUUGUUCAACCAAGGAGCGGCCUGCGGUGCUUGUUACGAGAUCAAAUGCGUCAAUGAUCCGGAAUGGUGCGUCCCCGGAGCACAACCCCUCAUUAUUUCAGCCACCAACUUCUGCCCACCAAAUUUCUAUCAGUCAGCUGAUGCCGGGGGAUGGUGCAAUCCACCCCGUGAGCAUUUUGACUUGGCACAGCCUGCAUUCCUUCAAAUUGCCAAGUAUAAGGCUGGCAUUAUCCCUGUUCAUUAUCGAAGGGUUGCAUGCCAAAAGCAGGGAGGAAUCAGAUUCACAGUAUCUGGAAAUCCUUACUUCGAUUUGGUGUUGGUAUGGAAUGUUGGAGGGGACGGAUCUGUCACAAGUGUUGAAGUAAAGGGUGACAAGUCAAAUUGGUUCCCAAUGAAGAGAAACUGGGGCCAAUUGUGGGAGACCCACGAAAUGUUGUGCGGACAAUCUUUGAGCUUUAAGGUCACAACCAGUGAUGGCAAAUGUGUUACUAAUAUGGAUGUACUCCCCAAGGACUGGCAAUAUGGUCUGACAUACGAAGGCCACAACUUCGAAUGAAAAACAUAAGAGUUAUUUGUGUGUGUGUUUGUGUGUGCACCAACUCUUAUAUAUUCUUUCCUUUACACAAUUCUUGUUUCAUUUGGUCCCUAAUGCUUGGAGGCUGUAGAAGACUGUUGUAACAGCAUGCAUAAAGGACAAUAAUUUUGUAAUUGCUUUAUUCAUGCAAGGCAAUAAAUUACAGAUUUCCUUAUAGAAA